AUCCACGACGAUUCACGGCGGUGCGUACACCGCCAGUCGAAUAAUCGCCUCGUGGCAGGUGAGGACGAAAAUCGGCGAGGCCGUGCCAGUCGUCUAGUCAGCCAGCGAGCCCGUCGCAUGAGGCACGGACGGACCGUAAGGCCGCGCCUCGAUCGUCGAUCCUCCGCUGAAAAUCUCCUCGUUACCGAUCGUAGUGCGCGACACAGCGUGCGUGUGCGAGCUUUCUCGUAGCCAUCCGCGUGUAGCACGGCGCGUGUUAUUAUCUUUUACUUCGUUUUCGUUCGGGUAGUCGUCCUAUCUCUGCUUCUGCUCGCGGUCAGUUUCCGUUUCGUUCAGCGCGCUACGUUACAAGGGUCGGUGAGACAUGUCUUCCCUGAAGGGUGAUAAGGUGCCGUCCGCGCGGCUUUGCCAUAUCGUCAAAUGGGACGAUUUCGACGGUUACGGAUUCAAUUUGCACGCGGAGAAAGGAAAGAACGGCCAGUAUAUCGGCAAAGUGGACGACGGUUCGCCGAGUCAGGCGGCUGGUCUGCGACAAGGCGACCGAAUCGUGGAGGUUAACGAGAUCAACAUCGCGAACGAGACGCACAAGCAGGUGGUCGAACGCAUAAAGGCCUUCGCCAAUGAGACGAAACUCCUGGUUGUCGACCAGGAGGCCGACGAAUAUUUCAAGGCCAACAACAUCAUUAUCAAGGGUACCAUGGCGAACAUCAAGGUAAUCAAGACCCCGGAGAAGAAUCCCAACAGUGUCGACCAAGAUGAGGAGCUCAACGAUAGCAACGCAUCCAUCGACGAGAACAUGCAGAAAUCGAACGAUGCAUCGCAGAACAGCGAGAGCAGCACGGUAUCGGCAGGUGCGACGAGGACGUCGACGAGGAGCGAGAACGAGAGCGAAUGCGAGGAGUCGGGUCGAGAGAAUGGGAACGGUAUUAGGAACGAAACGACGACGGCGUCCAUGGGUCACGUGCAUGGCACCGGGAACGGUAGCGUCGGUGGCAACGAGCCACGGCAGGGCUUAAACCUGAAGAUGAGCGCCAAGGAGCUCAGGGCUCAGCUCGCAGCGCGCAAGAAAUACGAUCCGAAGAAGGAGUCGAUCGGUUUCAAGGACAAGUUCGACAUCGUGCAAAAGUUAUAACCGACGUUGUCCACCUUCGUUUUCGACGAUCCUAUCGGCUAUACUCUGAUCGCGGUGCUCCGUCUUGUCCCUCGAUACCGGUAACCGAUAUCGUUCUCCACGAUCUUCCACGAUGUCUUGAGUGGCAAAUCGAUUCACCAUUCUUUUUGUUGCCGUUUCUUUUUUGUCCUUGUCGAGCCGUACCGAUACUUCACUGUGGUGUUUCGAGGAACUUCCUAUUCUCCGGAAGUACCACUCGGUCGCUCCGAAAUCGGUUUCUGUACAGAAACCGCGAACGAUAGACGAAUACGAUCAUCGCGGACUGCCAACGAAAACGUGACUCUUUUAACACGUUUGCGACGGAUCGAACGAUGAAAAUUCUUCCUUGAAUUAGACUACAACCUUGACUUCGGUAUCGGGAAGGUGUAACCGCGUGUUUGCCGAUGUUUAGAUCGGGAGCGAGAUUGACUCGCGACUUCUAACGCGAAAAACUUGGGAAUAGCAUUUAGAGUUCCUACCUCCGCUCAAAAAUCGUUGCAGAGACGCGUCGUUUCGUUGCUAGACAAUUUCACUCUUGCGAAACUCGACAAUUGGCGAUUGUGUGUACACCCUUCCGACACCAAGUAAACCGAGUUGUCCCGCUACCAACAAGAACGGAGUUUGCGCGGUCCAAGGACGAUCACGGCGACGCGGGAGAAAGUGUAACGUUGCCACCGCGCGCCGCGUUGUCGCGUCGUUGUUAAUUUCUGUUAUCCGUUAUCAAAUUCAGGACACGCGUCGUUCCCCUAUGUAUCGUACGACGCGCGCACCGCGUCGUGUAACAAACAGUUUCGUCCGUUCGCGUUGGAUCGCGAUCCAACGAAAUCGUUAACGCGCGAGCGAGCGAGAGGAUCCUCGAGGAUGGCCCGGUACACCUGCGUCGACUUAUCGAGAUUCGAAUCCGUUACGUAAUUUAAGGAAUGUAACAUCACCGGGCGGGAACGCGACACAAUAGUGGGAAGAAUCGCGCGAGUUUCCACGUUCGUCUCCGGAGUCGCAGGACUCACAGAAAACAUUAGAGACUGUCUCGUACCCGAUGUUGCUAAAUAUUACGACAACCCGUUGUGCAAUGUUCAAUUAUCGUCGUCGUGAUCCUUUUGCGUUGUGCCUCGUACCGCGUGCUAAUACCUCGAGACUAUUUGUUUUGCCGUUUUCGUUCGAUACAUAUACGACUAUGCCAGCGUUGGGCGAAACGUAAUGAUUAAUGGUACGAUUCGCCAUAGUAAUCGUGAUCAAUGAUUAACAAAACGUUAAUCGUUGCCCAUUUCUGGUAUUAGUAUGCAUGUCGUUUCAGGAUAAUUACUUCGUAAAUUAAAUAUGGCGCGUCGUAACGAGCGGAAGUCAAACGAAAAGUGUUGCUACGUUAUCAUUGUUGUAAUCAGUUGCUGUGAGAAAUAGCUACUCGUCCCAUAGGUACUCCGAGAAAUGAAUUACGUCACGAUUUUUCUAUAUUUCAUAAAGCUAAAUUCACUUCGCGUAAUUCUCGUCGCGCAACUCGCCGAUAUAUUGCAUUUAUUACACGAUCGAUAAGUUGACUUCGCGAUACCACCUUUCGCAUUCGUCAAGGACGUAACACGAAUAUUGAUACACGAUUCCUGGAAACUUUACAGUAGUUACGUACACGGAGCCAUCCCACGGUUAAAAUACGAUUUCUUCGUAUCGCUGGAGCUACGUUUUAUACAACUCGUCUAUUGUCCGAGAUAAUUAGGAUCGAUACGAUCGUCAGGCUCUUUCGUAACUUGAGCAAACGCUAUUUUCCACUUGAAAUACGAUAAGAUGCUUUUUUUUUUUAUUUUAAUCAUUUCCUGUGCACGCCAGAGUUGCAUCGUUUUGGUUUCGUAUAAAUUAUACGCGUGUACGGAGAGACCUUUUUUUAAAAUUUUACGUUUAUCAGCGAUCAGGAGAGUUUUGUUAAAUUCCGUUUAAUCGGGGACUUUGCGUAUCGGCAUCUAAAGCAUUGCAUUCCUUUUAUCGCGCACCGAAUGUCGAACGAACCGAACUUGGCUCGUAGAUCUACGCAAACCGAUCGGCUGGAUCGAGUUCGAUCAAGGUGAACGAUCGAGUGGUUCGAAGGUCGUCCAUCGUGAUCUAUUGGCUCUCGCUUCGCGCGGAGUGUGUUGUGUAAAUUCUUUGAUAUAUAUAUAUUUUUUUUUUUUAUUAUUUUUAUCGCAAAUACUUUUGUGUGGUCUGAUGCAUAACAGUACCCGCUUCUGUACAUAUUAGAUCUUCGUGCGUCAAGGUCGGUGCAACGAUCGGAAGAAACGAUCAAUACGUCGUUUAAGUACGCAGGAAUGCCGUAACGACUUGUCUCAAGUAAAAAUUAAUAUCGACAGGUGCCGAUAAAUCAUGCGUUCAACGUCGGUUUGCGGUAUUUCUGUCCCGGCUAAAAAUGAAAUUGACGCACCGUUAAUCAAUUUUACCUGUCAAAACACCGCGGGGUACGCGUGCCUGAAAACGAGAGAAGUGUUUCGCCGUGCGAAUCAUUGCACCGGUUCCUUAAAAUGUAUAUAAACAUCCUGCGUAAGGUCCAAAUACACACGUUGUUACGAUUAUUGCACACACGUCCAAUGUUAUUUGUAAGAGUUUAACUUUAAGCAUUACGUUUGGCGACAAGACGACUUAACUGUACGUUAUUCGUCAAAUUACGUUAACCGCGUACAUCUGUGUAUAAAUAUUGUUGUACGUA